UCGCAUCUCGACUCUCGUCUCGUACUCGUUUGGGGCCCCGUGGAACGGCGACUGGGAGACUCGAAGACUGCGUAGUGCCGACCCUGGGGGGGGGGGGGCGAGCGGGGCAGGCGCCCCGGGCCCCCGAUUCCUAGGGGCCCCUCCCCAUGUAUGUACAAGGUAGGUACAGGAGACGUAUUUCCACCGUAUACUCACGUCAGGCAGGUAAAAUCGACUCAUCAGUCAGCGCUGCGCGCAUCGCGAGAGUUCGCGCGAGACUGCGACUCCUCGUUUUGGCAAGUUCCCAUCAAUACUGCCUGCGACUCCUCGCGGCCCGCGCUCGUCUAUUCUCGUUUUGCAUUGCAUCUGCAUCGCAUCUCGACUCUCGUCUCGUACUCGUUUGGGGCCCCGUGGAACGGCGACUGGGAGACUCGAAGACUGCGCCGCCGCGCCGGCUGCCGGCGACCACAGACGUACGACGCUACCACGGCAACAUGCCGGCCGCCGGGACACCAAUACUCCAAUAUUUCAUCACGUCACAACAAGUCAGCAAGGAGGGAGUUCGAUCAGCCAAUCUCAUCUCUCGUGCAGCGUAGGAAUCAUGAACAAACCACUAUAGCAACCAGCACAAAAACACUAUCAUAUCGUCUAGAAAAUAUCCUUCAGGCAGUGAGAAAAGAAAGAAGAGGAAACAAACAGAUGAGUUUAUAGGAUCACAGAUAGGAGCCCUUGACAAAUUUUUUAGAGUAAUUCGAGCACUUCAAGAAAUCCAGAUGAGUUGGCUAUAAUUGUUAUGAAUUUCUUGUUAUGAAUAUUUUUUGGAUGCAUCUUGAGUGUAUUGGUAAUAUUAUAUAUAUAUAUAUAUUUUAAUAAUAAUAAUUAUUAUUAAAAGGGCCCCCGUUUUAAGUUUUGCCCCGGGCCCCCGAUAUCUCAG